UGUACCGAGAUCAAGGAGCAGGUUGCAAACGAACAUGCGCAUGAACUUCGCAGAAAGUCCUUCCGGGGCGGGCUGCAGCGUAUGGUUUGUUGUUGCGAUUGCAUUUAGUUUUGGAAACCUUCUGAAUAGUUUUUGGAAGAAUAGUGAGAUUGAAUUUGCGAGGUGUGAGCUAUGGUUCAAUUACACAUCAAGCAAGGUAGUGAGAGCCAGUUUUUGCUUGACACAACAGUAGACAUUGCAGUGGAGGAUCUAACCAAGCAAGUAGCUGCCAUUUACAAUGGAAGGCUUAAGAUUGACCGGAUUUGUACAGAAAUAUGUGAACUGGCAGACCAUGGUACCUUUCUCCCUAUUAAUAUGCAAGGAUUGACAGACGAGCAAAUAGAGGAACUGAAACUGAAGGAUGAGUGGGCAGAAAAAUGUGUACCAAGUGGAGGAUUUGAAUUUAAAAAAGAUGAAAUGGGACGGAGAAAUGGGCAAGUUCCUAAUCAAGCAAUGAAAAACGUCUUGAAAAGAACAGUAGAAGAAGCUAAAGCAUUGAUAUCAAAGAAACAAGUUCAGGCCAAUGUAUGUGUAACAAUGGAGAUGGUGAAGGAUGCACUUGACCAACUGCGAGGAGCUGUUAUGAUUGUUUAUCCCAUGGGGCUGCCACCACAUGAUCCAAUUCGAGAAGAGUUUGAAGGGAAAGAAGAUCUUUCAGGAUUACAAGCUGGGAAAUUGGUGACUGAGGAGGCUGAAGCUCAGCUGUGGUGGGCAGGAAAAGAGUUGCAGAGAAGCAAGAAACUUUCUGACUAUGUAGGCAAAAAUGAGAAAACUAAAAUUGUUGUAAAGAUACAAAAACGAGGUCAGGGAGCUCCAGCUAGAGAGCCAAUUAUCAGUGAGGAUGAACAGAAGAAAAUGAUGAUGUACUAUUACCGACGACAAGAAGAACUCAAGAAACUUGAUGAAAAUGAUGAUGAAUCGUAUCUUGACUCAGAUUGGUCGGACAGGCAUGCUCUAAAAAGGCAGUUUCAGGGUGUAAAAGACAUCAGAUGGGGCCCCAGAAAAUAAUGACAAACAAUUCCUCUGGCACACGUUUUUUUAAGGUUUAUAUAAUCAACAUUACACAAGAACAGUGUACCUUCUAUUAUAAAGUACUUGGGCAAUUGUAACAUUUAAGAAUCAGCAAUUGCCCAGUGAAAAAAAUCCUCUACUUUAUGAUUUAAGCCUUGUUUUUAUGUUAGUUGUUCAACUCCUGAAACAAAUAAAAGCUUUGGAUAGCCUGGAGAAUUUUAAUGACUGUGAAUGAUAUGUGGCAAAAGAAGAUCUGUAGCCCAAUAUUACAUUUUCUGCUCAGAAUUUAGAAUACCACUUGCACACGUGUUAAAUAAAUAUUUAUUUUCCAAGUUGUGUGAUGUUUAUGUUGCCCUAUUUUGGACACAGUUCAUCAUGAAAUUUUGUGUGCAAUUACGUCUUAAAUACAUAAGAAAAGCUAUUAGCUCAGAUUUUGCAUUGGUAAUAGGCGGGGACACACUGUGCUCACUGUUAUGGUGUAAAAUGGAGAUUAGUGUCCAGUGUAUGCACAAAUGUGGAAAUCCUGAAGUUACAGCCACAGUCAAAGUACUGCUCCUAGGCUAUGCUAUAACCAUAUAGUGACAGUUAAUUUCAGUGCUCAACUUAUGCAAAUUCUAAAGUUGCACAGCUUACAUUAAACAUGCAGUAAAUUUUAGUGCUGGUGUAUUCAGGUGCAAAUGAAUUUUAAAAUUUCUGUCAGUCCUAGGUUCUGCCAGAAAAACACUCUGGCCUAGAAAAUUUAAUUUUACAAAUAGGGAUUCUUAUUCUUUCAUGGUUUUAUUAGCAUUGCAGACCCUUUAACUUUUCUGUCACUUUUUCCUCUCAAUAGCAAUUGUUAUUUCACUUUAUGUAUCUGAUUAAAUCAACAUUACAAUUC